UAUUCGAGAUGUCCUGCUUCGGUGGUCGCGGCGAGCAGAUAUACAUAAUCGAAAUACUGAUCCACAAGUUGACACUGACGAGGGGCAAGAUCAAAGAUCUCGGUGAUUUUCCAUUAGCGGUGAAGGUUCAAUUUCUCGAUUUCUCGGUGUUCGAAAUCACGAGGAACGAGUUUUAUUCGGUGAAACCACCGCCACCGACCGAGGAUGGCACGUUUUAUUUCAUGGUGGGCAGAAGUUGCCUGUUUAUAAAACAACCGAAGGAUCUGGUAACGGAACUGCAGUCGCAGAAUAUAAAGGUCGGCGUGUAUCGCGUCGGAGAUUCAUACCCCAUGGCCGAAACCGAGAUAACGUUGCCCGGUUGCAUGUGCGACCAAGUGGCGAUGGCCUUCAACGAUCCCCAGAAUCUGCCGAAACCGUUUAUGGUGAAAGGUAAUUUCAAUCUGUUGGACCCUGGCGAGAAUCCGUCGGGAACUUUGGAAAUGGAAAUGCGGCUGUCGUGUUUGGGCCGUUCGAUCAUGACCCACUACGAGCUGCAUCCCAAAUUCUUCACGUUCAGGAAUAGCGGGCAGGAAAGGGAGUACUGUGUCAGACGUCUUCUUCCGUCCACUUAUUACCCGGAAGGCGAGGCCAAGGAGAUCACGGAAUUUCUGGAGAAAACGACGGUGGACGAGGUGAAGGAAAAGGUGAAGGAAGAACCGGUGAAGAAAAAGAGGGAGAGGAAGCCGAGGGGGAGGGGGAGGGGGAGGGGACGCGGCAGAUGAUUCGCGAUU